UCAACUUCCGCUUUGUAAUCUGACCCGUCUCUGUGAUUGCCGUCGAUAUAAAAUAUAGAUAUAUGCAUAUACAGUAAUACAUCUGUCACCUCCAGCGGACGGUUGGCGGCUAUUAGGAAUAUGGAGAAGCUCGGAGAAAAUGAUAACGAGACGGGAAAUAUGGAGGAGGAGGAGGAUGCUGAUUCUUCCAGUAACAGUGCAGCUAAGCACAGCUGUCUGCUCCAUCAGGACAUUGCAGUAUCUAGCAUUUCUCCUCCGGAAUAUGGCCUGGAACAGGAUGUGGUGGAAGACAGACCUAUUCCAAAGAAAAAGAUGCGUAAGGCAUUAAAGAGAAAAAAGUCUGGAAUCAGUAAUAGAAAGAGGGUGCAUUUUUGUUCCCAGUUUCCAAAAGACGUAGCAGAGGUUCAGUCCAGCAUUGGAGAUUUGGUGUUGGCAGCAGAGUUGAUGGAGAAAGCAAAUGAAGCAAAUAUCCAAGAUGUGGGUGAUCGAAAUGAAUGUAUUGUGCAUGACCAUGGAGAUUACUGUCUACCCGACAACCCUGAGCUCUUGAAAGAGAUGGUGAGAGAGCUGAAGAACACAUGUCAUCAGCAGAGCCAGAGUCUGCAGUCAUUACAAGAAGCACUUCAAAACACAGAAAUGCAAUGUCAGCAACUCCAGGAGAAGUGGGAGAAUGAGAGAUGGACGCUGUUGUCGGAUAUGGGCGAUCAGAUUUUGCAGUUGGAAUCAGACAUCCGGAACUUAACCUGCGAGAAGGAGAUUCUCGAAAAGAAGAAGAACGAGCUGCAGGAGCAGCUGGAGAGAAGCUCUGGGACUGUUCUUUAUUUGGGUCAGCAAGUAAAGCACCAAGAGCACAACAGGGACAGCGUCAGCUUCUGUAUGAACAGGCAUUAAAAAUGAAAGCAAAUGGGUGCGCUUUUACACAGGCUUUUGACAGCUAUGAGCACCCUCACCGACUUCCUUAGCUUUCUUACAGCAGACCAACAACUAUGUACUGGUCGAAUUCGGAAAAAAAACAGAGGUGGGGCCUCAGAGUGCCUUAAGUUUAGAAGAUCAGCUCCUCCUCGUACUCACAAGAUUGCGCUUAGGGUUACUGCUUCAGGAUCUGGCAUUUCGAUUCAGGGUAUCGGAGUCCACUGUCUCGCGUUACUGGUUGAACUGGACAGAACUUUUUACAUGCACGUCUUACCCAGAUCCCCAUCCUGUACAGUGCCCGAUACCUAGAACUCUUCCAACCAAAGAGAACUGUGCAGUACCAAGGCCUCACAUUUACAGUCAUGGACUGUACAGACCUAUUCUUUGAAGUACAAGCCAAGGACCGUGCUAAACCUGCUCCUACCCAUCCCUCCAGAAGUCAUUAUUUAAGACGCGGUUACGCCAUCGCCUCUUCCAAUGGUUUCAUCACGUUUUCAUCUAGUUUAGCAUUUGGAAUAGCUACCAAAGUAAUGGAUGGUAAGCCACAAGAGCUGUGUGGAGGGAUAAGCCCACAAUUAGAUCUACCAGCUUUCAUGCAAAAUGUCCCGGCCCAGCUGUCAGAGGAGCAGAAGGAGAUGAGCAGACAAGUCCUAAGCAUCUUAAGUCUCAUAGACAAAGCUCUCAACUUUCGCUUUCUAAAGUGUGUGUAUCCACAGAACAUGGAAGCACAAGUAGAUCGAGCCUGGGUCAUCUGCUGCUACUUGGCAUGUCUGCUUCAUGAUCCGAUGGGACUGUCCGAAAACCAACCCCAAAAGCUUUUCUUCUAACUACAGAUGUGUAAGGGCUUAAGUGGUCAUUGCUCAGUCAAACUCAAAACUCCAAUACACUUCCAG